AUGCUUUCCCUUAAAGGUCUAUGGAGACUCUGUUGGGGCGGAAGUGCUAAGGCGGUCAAGUCGUAUCUUGCAGGCACAUUGGUUGGCCUCAAGUCUAUUCUGGGCGUCGAGACCCAAUAUAAGCUUGGUGAUUCAGAAGAAUUUCAAGGGAACGUGGACUAUGAUUUACCUCUCCCCGAGGUGGCGGAUCGCGUCCACGCAGCAUGGGAGGGACAGGGGCGUACCACGCCAUUGGAUGUAUUGUGGACGCGCAAAUCAGCUGAAGAUAGCCCUUUAGCAAAGCACAUUGCUACGCUGAAGGAGGGACUGCACGGCACUAGUUCCACUGCCUCACACGGGGAGGGUUGGACCUACAGGCCAGCUCUUGGGGUCAGCGAACUACUCGGCCCUGAGGGCCAGACUGGGCCUUUCAGCGAGUGGUCCCGCGAGUUGGUGGAGAUGACAGAAAAUGGUAUCAGCGUGCUACGGGAAAUCAUGAGAUUUCGCGAAACUAUCAAUAUGUCGGAUACGACGGCUAGGGAUACCUCGAAAGUUUGGGCUCAGAAGGUCAUCAUAGGGGAAGACCUUAUAGGGGCCAUUUUGCGCAAAGCACGUAAAGGGGCCAACGACAACCGCAGCACAAAAUCAAAGGUUGUUUGUUGUUCUUCCCCAGCUUAUGCUGAAGUUAUGAACGAGUUUGGGUUAAGAGGUGUCGCUGCCUAUCCUGUCUUCCUUGGGUCUUGGUGGAUGGCCCUAUUGCUGCAUGAUUUCGAUGAUUGGCGACUGGAUUACUUGUGCAUUUUGGACUAUUCAUAUUUCUUCGAAUAUAACGUGGACAGCGCUCGGAUAAUGUCCCAGUCACCGUCGACCUUAAAGAAGGAGAUUAUGGCAGUUUGGGAUAUGCCAGACCUCCCAGAGGAGCUCCGGGUCCGCAGAUCGCACAUGGUUUGUGACAUGGCCUUCUUUGAACUCAAGCGUGCACAUGAGGCUUCUGUCCGAGCGCAAAAGACAGACGGCCUCACUGCCUGGGUUCAUGCCGAUCGAGAUACCUGGCGCGAUUUCAAGGCUGUAGAUGCCGGUGGCUUCGCACAUUUCUUGUCAUUUGUAGCAGGGAUUCCCGGACGCGAUGACAUGAUGUUGUCUGGGCUUGUCAACGACUGGGUCGAUCUCGGGCCGGAUCUGCGCUUUGAGGAAUGCAACCAGUCUGUCUUUGCUCUCACCCGUGGAUCCUUAGCUCUCGCUGACAUGUUGAGCUGCUACGAGCGAACCGUCUGGAUGCUGAAUGCAAGCUUCGCUUCUAACGAACGCCAUGUGGGCUUCAUGACCAUCGCUGGCGCCUGUAUAUGGGAGCUAUGCAACCACCGUCAAGACGUGUGGCGGUACUACUCUCUAGCCUUCAACCUGAGCUCGACUGUGCAAGCACUAGGCCUGUAUAAAAUUGCUGACCUUGCUGGGUGUUAUACAUCCAACCUGGAGCCAAGGCUGCUACCUGAAGCGAAGGAGUUGGACAUCCCUCGACGAAGACAGUCUUACCGUGUCUCCGUGGACGGAACGGAAUACACGGGUUCGAUCAUGCUUCAUGCAACUGUAUGCGACGCCGUCGAAUCCAACAUACUCCCGGAAAGUAUAAUAAAUUAUCAGAUUAUCAUUCCACUUCUCCUCCGCCGUGGAGAAAUUGACGCGAACACUUUCCUGUCACACAUGGACCGUCAUUACUGCACACAUGCCGCAGAGAUUACGCGGUCCGGCCAUGCCAAUAAUUUCAGCUACCUAUAUGGUCGGGCCAUCGCUGCACUUGUGAUGGAAGGGUGGUGGUCGGGUCUUUACUUUAUCAUUGGUGUUGGUAGUCUUAUUGAGGCUCAACCCGGCCAUAUCGCCGGGGACCGCCCUCACUGA